AUGGUAGAACUUUCAGACUCCAUCAAAGAACAAGCUAAAAUAACUUUUCAAUAUCAAGAUAAACUUCCAAAAUUACCUAUACCUCCUUUAGAAGAGACACUUGAACGAUAUCUUUCUACUAUUAAACCACUUCAGAGAGAAAAGGAUCAUCAACAAUCCAUUGAAGUAGUUCAACAAUUCCUUCAAAAUGAAGGUCCUCUACUUCAAGAAAAUCUUAAAAAAUAUGCAUCAGAUAAAUCAAGUUAUAUAGAAGAAUUUUGGUAUGAUUCCUACCUUAACUAUACUGAUUCUGUAGUAUUAAAUCUAAAUCCAUUUUUUGUCUUGGAAGAUGAUCCAACUCCUGAUAGAAAUGAUCAAAUUAUGAGAGCUGCUUCAUUGAUUCUUUCCUCAUUAACAUUUAUUAAUGCUUUGAGAACAGAAACCCUUAAGCCUGAUUUAUUCAGGGGCACCCCUCUUUGUAUGUCUCAGUUUCAACGGUUAUUUGGUACAGCUCGUUUGCCAACUGAAACUGGAUGUAAAAUGCACAAUGAUCCUAAUUCUCGUCAUAUCAUUGUAUUAUGUCGUGGUCAAUUCUAUUGGUUUGAUGUUUUAAAUCAAAAUAAUGAAGUUGGUAUUAAUGAAAAAGCUUUAAUUGCAAAUCUUAAAACAAUAAAACAAGAUGCUCUUGAAGUACCUACUGUGGAGAUUGCAAAACAUGCUAUUGGAAUUCUAUCUACUGAAAAUCGUCGUAGAUGGGCACACUUGAGAAAUAUUUUGGAAAAUUCUUCUGAAAACAACAGGAAGGGUUUAAAGUUACUUGAUACAGCUUUAUUUGUUGUUUGUUUGGAUGAAGGAAGUCCCUUGUCUGGUGAUGAGGUUGCUACAAAUAUGCUUUGUGGAACUUAUGAUAUUAAAGAGGGUGUACAGGUUGGUACUUGUGCCAAUCGUUGGUAUGAUAAAUUACAAAUAAUAGUAUGUGAAAAUGGUUCAGCUGGUGUUAAUUUUGAACAUACUGGUGUUGAUGGUCAUACUGUUCUACGCUUUGUAUCAGACAUAUUCACUGACACAAUUUACCGUUUUGCGGAUUCUAUUGUUGGAAAUAGUUCUCGUAGCAACAAACAUCAUAAUGGUAAAACUUCUAGUAUUGACACAACACCAAAAAAACUUGAGUGGACAUUGACUUCUGAAGUUCGUACUGGAAUUAGAUUUGCUGAAACAAGAUUAAGUGAUCUUAUAUUACAAAAUGAAGUUAAAGUAUUAAAGUAUGAUGGAUAUGGAAAAAACUUCAUUACAAGUUGUCAUAUGAGUCCUGAUGGUUUUGUUCAGAUGGCCUUUCAAGCUGCUUAUUAUGGCAUGUAUGGUUUGAUUGAGUCUACAUAUGAACCUGCUAUGACUAAAGCAUUCCUUCAUGGUCGUACUGAAGCCAUUCGUUCAGUCACUACUGAUUCUGUUGACUUUGUAAAACUUUGGUGGACUGAAGCUUCUACUACUGAAAAAAUUAAGGCACUUCGAAAAGCCAUUGAUUCUCAUGUAAAAUUGACAAAAAAGUGUUCACAAGGGCUUGGUCAAGAUAGGCAUUUGUAUGCACUUGAAUGUGUUUGGCAAAGAGAAUCCAAUGCUUCUGAUGGAGAAAGUGAAAAAUUGCCUGCCAUAUUUAAAGAUAAUGGCUGGCAAGUGCUUAAUCAUACAGUGAUUAGUACAAGUAAUUGUGGUAAUCCAGCUUUAAGAUUGUUUGGAUUUGGUCCUGUAGUGGCAGAUGGAUUUGGUAUUGGAUAUAUUAUUAAAGAUGACAAAAUUGCAUUUUGUGCAGCUUCUAAGCAUAGGCAAACACGUAGAUUCCUUGAUACAUUAGAAAAUUAUCUUAAUGAUGUACAGUGUUUGCUUUUAAAUGAAAGACGUAUUCCUAAUUACAAAAAUGAAGAGAAUGUUAGUAUGCUUUCAGGUUAUGGCUAUUUUGAUGCUGGUGGAAUUGAUCAAUUAAUUGAAGAUCGUUUAGUAGAAAAAAAAGAAGAAUUGAAUAGAAAUAAGUUAUUGGGCUUAUCUUAUUAUUGCCUUUAG